AAUACUCACCAUGGUAGAAUAAAUUCGCCACUGCACUAAAGAUUUGACCAGUUUUGUAAUUACAUGGUGGUAAAGUGUCAGUUUUUGGAACAUAUGAGACCUUUGGUUGGAGUUCUAUAAGGAUUAAAGAUGAAAAUUCCAUCACUAAAUGCAUCCAUUUUAAGAGUAUCAAUGAUUGCAGCAGCAUGCCUUUUUCCAAGAGAAGCUGUGAGCAUAAGUAAAGAUGGAUACAUUUUUGUUGUUCUGCAUCAGCAACAUUCUAGGCAUUCUGCAGCAGCACAACGAUUAGCUGAUGACAUUGCACAUCAGUCAAAGGAGCUCUCUUUGGAAUGUCAUAUUUAUAAAAUGGAAGAAGAAUGGCCUAACAUUGCAUCUUGGACUUAUUAUCCUAUAAUUGAAAGCCAACUUCAUGGAGGAAAUGACAGCUGGACAGUAAUUGUAGAGGAAUGGAGUCAAGUAAAGCUUGAGAAUCUUCAGCAAGUUUUGAUGAAAUACAGGAGUUCAGAGCCGUUAUUUUUGGGGAAUGCGGUACAUGAUGCAACGGAAACAAUUAUUCACCACUUCGAUCUUGUUGAUGAGAAACAGCCGUUCUUAUUUCCAGAUACUAGAUCAGGGCUUGUUUUGUCUUCAGCCUUAAUUGAAAGUCUUGCAAAGAAGUGGUCUAGAUAAAUCGCUAAGGCCAAAACUGGUUUCACGAUCGAUGCCCAGUAUGAGUUUGCACGUUUCAUAGAAUCAGAUGGUGUUGUUCUUUCCCACCAUGAUUGCUUCUGUCUUGAAGAUCGUCCUGACUGUGCUGUUGUAUUCAGUCCAGACCAAUUAUGUGAUGCAGUUUUUGCAACAGAUAAUAUUCAUUUUGCUGUGAAGACAUGCUCACAGUUUCAUAGGGAAAGGCUACCUGUUUUAAAAGAAACCUGGCUUAAACAGGCCUCAAACUAUGCACUCUACAGUGAUGUUAAUGAUCCUUCAGUAGGUACAGUUUCCCUUGGAAUUCCUAAUACAGAACGCGGCCAUUGUGCCAAGACAUUGGCUAUUAUACAACAUGCCAUCAAGAUUACUUCCAUGCUUUGGUUGGCUAUUGUGGAUGAUGAUACUUUGUUAAGUGUUCCUCGGCUCAAGUCUUUAUUGUCGUGCUAUAAUCCACAAGAUUUGAUUGCGAUUGGGGAGAGAUAUGGCUUCCAUGCUUUGGGUCCUUAUGGUUAUGACUAUAUUACUGGCGGUGGAGGAAUGAUCUUGAGCAGGGCAUUGGCAGAAAACUUAGCAGAGCCUGGAGUGUGUGACUGUCCAACAAAUGAUACACCUGACGACAUGUUUCUGGGUGUUUGCCUGAAGAGACUCUCGGUUCCAGUAAUUCAUUCAGAAACCUUUCAUCAGGGGCGACCAGUGGAUUACCCAGAGCAGUUAUUGAGUCCUGAACUACCAGUGUCUUUUCAUAAAUUUUGGAUGGUGAAUCCACUGGAGGUGUAUGAGGAGUGGCUUGAAGACAGCCCUGUUUCACAUCAUCAUGAAGAGCUCUAAAUGUUCCUUGAAAAUUGACAUACCUUAUAUUUCUGCGUAUAAGAUGACCUUUAAAUCCUAAAAUUCACCUCCAAAAUUUGUGGAUCAUCUUAUACUACCAUUCUAAAAAUCAAACCAUGAAUUCUAAGUGAUGUUUAUACUAGGUAAGCAAGCCUUGGCCAUGGUGUGAUAACCGAUGACAUACAUGAAAAGAUUUACAUUGUGAUAUAAACUGAUAAUAAAGACAGGAAAACCAUUUUUACCUUAUAUAUUAUUGGCAUAUUCAAGAAAUAAUUCCAUGUCAGUAAAAUCAGCUUUUGUGUGUGCAAGCAGCCCAGCUGAGGAAGUGUAAACGAGUUAUGGUUGUGCUCACAGAAACACUUUCUUUCAGUAACCUUUCAGAAAUUUUAAUGAUAUUGUAAUUACAGUAGUAAUAACAUCUACGAUGACAUAAUGUUAAUUUUUCAUUAAAAAAAUUCAGUACCAUUUUGGUGAAAUAAAAAAAUUUUGGAUUACAUACAACUGUUUAGAACAAUUCAGUCAUAUGAACGAUAUUUAUGUACGAUAAUUGUUGUUCGUUAGACUAAUCUCUGCUGCCAUCUCUUUAUCCCAGUUAAAAAAGUACAAGAGAAUGAUAAAAGCAUCAUUAGUAAUGCUAUACUCACUGCAUAAACAUGUACAGCCAUAAACAACCAAAUGAAAAACAGCUGAAUUGGAUAAAAUACGUAGCUGUUUUCCUUGCAUUUCAACCAUCGUACGAUAGUAAAUAAUUACUAUAAUGUAAUAUAAUAUAAUUGGUAUAUUUUUACAUUACAGUACUGUAUACCCUUAUUCAUCAUGGAGAAAAGAUUGUCUAAGAAAUAUACUGCUAAAUUUAAGCUGCAAAAUGUAGCUGAAGUUGAGAAAGCAAUGUACAGUACAGUCCUCAAUUAUGCGAAAAUUUGGUUGAUCCACGGCCUUGCAUAACUGAAAAAUUGCAGAUUUCAAUACACACACCUUAUGGGAAUAAUUCCAUUAGGGCCAAGGCAAAUGGAAACUUACAAAGUCAAACUUUUUUACUGCCCAUUUUCAAUACUUUCUAUGUACUAUACUGUAUUUUUUCUAAUAUGAAAUGGUUCUUAUGGAUAAAUAAAACAUUAAAAA